GAGAGAGAGAGACCGAAGAGACGGACCCGGGUCUAUAAUUAUGGUCAGUCAUGGCUUGGCUGGCUUACUGGCUGGGUGAGGUCCAGCGGCUCUCGCUGCUCUCCUUGUUUACGGCUGCUUUGGCCAUCGUAGUCAUCUACCUGGUGCAGUAUGGCCUGAGAACUCUGCGGCAAGGCGGACGGAAGCCGCCGCCGCCGCCGCCGCCUGAACUUCUGCAAGGGGACGAGGACUCCGUCUUCGCUUGGUUGCUGUCUCUGAACAGCUGGAAGAGUGAAUGGCAGAAAGCGUGGAUAACAGCGCUGAACGAGGAAGCCAAAUUAAGGGCGGACUCCUGGUUAUUCACUUUUGAAGAAGAUGGAGCUCCUCAGCCUCUGGAGCUUGUGGUACAACAAGUUUUAAAUGUGGCGAAAUCUUCUGAAGAAAAGGUGGUCUCUUGUAAUGUAAUUGGAAAUGCUUUUCAUUUUAUUCUCAAUGUGUCCCAUACUUCACCUGUUACUGCAAAAUGUCAGUCUUACAAUGUAAAGCUAUCUCCACUUCAUUUGCAGCUGGAACUUUCAAUAAAAUCCAAAGAGGAAAACAUCCGGGUCAAGUGGUCUUUCAUCUACACCUCAGAAACAAACACUGAAGUCAAGCCUGUGAAACUGCAAGAGGACAAGACAGCUGGGGUAUGUGCAGUGUCAGAAACAUUUAAAGGUGUGUUGCAGAAUCUCAUUAAUUCAGCAUCUCCCUCUGUGAUUCUGUGUACAAAACCUACAGAUAUAAAGGCAAUACAGAGUGUAUUGAAUACAGGAGCUCUCCCUCAGGGCACCAGUCCUCCUAAGCCUCCAAGGGCUCAUGAACUAAAAUUGCUAAUAAAAAGCAUCAAAGCUACACUGACCAAUCAAAGCACUGCAGGCAGCAUUAAGCCAACAUGUAUAAUUCAACUCAAUGACCCUUUUCAGAGGUUUUCCAGCUCUGUUGCCAAUAAUCCAUUGGACCUCGCUUGGAAAGAUGAGUUCAUCUUUGAAUUAAAUGCCAGAUCAAAAGACCUGCAAGUAAAGGUUGUAGAAAAUGAGGAACAAGACGGUGGCUUCUCAGCUUUAGCUACUGUACCUUUGGAUUUGUUCAGGAAGCAGCCUUCUGGACAUAGAAGUUUUGCACUGAAGAGCCAGUUCAGCAACUGCAGUAGCAGCAAUAGCUCUACAGUAGGAUCUGUGUUAGCAGAGUUCUCAUACAUAGAACCUUCAGAGUCUAGAUCUUUACAAGUUCCUGCCAAGGUCCCUAUUGCAAAAAUAGAGACGGAUCGGACUGUGAUGCCCUGUGGGACUGUGGUUACUACUGUCACUGCUGUGAAAGCCAAACCUUUCAUAGAAGGGAGAUCGUCUGUUCUGCAUUUAGAGUCACCAGUCCAAAGUCCUGCUAAAAUGAAGGUGAUUGAAAAGGAUUUGUCUGUUCAAGCAAUCUGUUGUCGGAAAGCUUCCGUAAGCAAAGCUUUAUCUUCUUCAGAUACAGAGUUACUAGUGUUGAAUGGCAAAGACCCUGUUGCAGAAGUAGCCAUUCGACAGCUAAGUGAAUCUGCAAAGCAAAAACUUAAGUCUCCCAGGAAGAAAAGCACGAUCAUAAUAUCAGGGGUAUCUAAGACUAAUUUAUCUCAGGAUAGCGAAGCUGCACUCAUGAUGGACUACGCAGCAGCCAUGGAUAGCUCAUAUAAACAAGAUGACACUUCCAGUGUUGAAGGUUCUCCUGCACAGUCCCCGUCUGAUGAAAAGCGAUCACUUUCUCCAUCCCAAACCAUUCCUGCACAUGAAGACCCCCAGGAAAACAGCCAUGAUGCCUGGACCUUAGAUGACAGUAGUCAGCAAUGGCACAGCAAUGCACUACUAGACCAAGACUGUGAUAAGAUGUCUGGGAGCUCUGUAAGCAUCUCGGAAUCUGGAACUGUGAAGAAGUCCAAAGGUGGAAUAUUUAAAAAGAGUGCGAAGUUAUUUUUCCUCCGUCGGCACCAUCAAAAAGACCCAGGAAUGAGCCAGUCACAUAAUGACCUCAUCUACUUGCAGCAGCCUGCCUCUGACAGUCCUCGGAAAAAGGGGGGCACCCUGACACGCAUUCUGAACAAGAAAAUUAUCUUCAAGAGCAAGAGCAAAUUGAAUGGCACAUCAGUUGAACCAUAUGCAUAAAACCUAGUACAUACCAAAUCAUAUGACCUGCACAUGACCAACUGUUUACAGAAGUAUGAACUUUCAUAUGGGAUUCUCUAAUGCUUAAUGAGAUUCUCUAAUGCUAUGGUCCAUGGAAGAGGCUGGACAACAAAGAAUGGAUGUGGAAUUGGUGGAGGAAGCUCUAUAGCUAUUUUAAGCUGCAGAGAAUAAGGCCUCAGACUUCUCCAUACUUACUUGGAAAUGAGCUCAAUGAAAUCAGUAGACCUUGGUCUAAAACACUAUUUCUAAAAAUCAGGUUUAAAAUGUGUUUUUAACUUGGAACCAAACAUAAGAGAACCAGGGAGUUAAUAGUGGACUGCAUGAAUGUAUGUUAACAAGGGGAUAUCAUGGAUGCAUUUUUUUUAAAGUAAUAUACUAUGGAGAAGAGUAGCAAUACAAAUUUUAAACAGGGUAUUGAGUUGUGGGAGGGGAGUGGAAAAAGCAAGAAAUCUUGAUUCAGAGGAUCUGAACUGGGAAAUACAUUUUAGGUGCAAAUUCUACACAUAUUUAGGCAAAAAAAGUCAUACAAACUCCCAGCAUGCCCCAGGCAGGCAGGGGAUUGCUGGGAGGUCCAGGACUUUUUUCUGACUAAAUCCUACAUACUUAGGAUUGCGCCUUUACAGUGCAAUUUUACACAUACUUACUCAGAAGCAAAUCCUGCUGUACACAAUAGGGCUUACUCCCAGGUAAGAAUGCACAGGAUUGCAGCCUUAGAAUGUUUAUGGAGAAAUAAAAUGCUGAAUGGGACAGCCUGAUACAAUAAUUGCUAAACCAGUGUAAAUUAGACUUGCUCUUGAUAGACAGUAACCAUGCAAACUAGUAACUUAUGUGGUUACUUACUGUGAAGCUAAUCUUAAUUUUCUGUGCACAUACCAGAAAUGAUAAAACCCAUUUUUAUGUUCUAAGAUGAUAAGCUCACAAACAAUUAAAAAAUUCAUGUUCUUACUUCCAUGAUACGAGGAAACUAUAUUGCCAGUGCUUCAACUUGCCUUGGGGAGCCCAUAACUUAUUAGAGAAAUGUAUUCCCUCAUAGCAAAAUGACGGAUAACAUUAUGCAGAGCCAGGGCCGGCGCCAGACUAUAUUGCACCCUAGGCAGGUGUGUUCUGAAGCCGC